UGUUCAGGGCGUCGAAUAUCGACGUACCUCAGGCUUCUCCCGUCGGCAACGAUGCCACUCCUUUAUGGAGCUGUUGCUAAUUCUAGUUUGAAGUAUCGAUUUGUUAUUGCUGUUCUACUUGUAUAUAUUGUGUAUUCACACUGGCGCCAUAAUAAUGAUCUCUUAGCAAUAAUCGAAAAAGCUGGAACCGAUUUAAGCACAUGUCAGAGCUACGCCGAAAGUUUAGUGGCCAAAUUACGAGUCGUAUACGAGCAUAAGAAUAGAAUGGAGAAGAUUUUUACUUCAAGACGAGCUAUUGCUCAAGGGAAAAUAAAAGCAGCAGAAGGUAUGUGGCGAUCAUGUGAAGAAAAUCUGACCAUAGUGGUGGCCCAGCUUAGUGAAUGCCAAAUUGGUAGAGCAAGACAAAUACCUAGACCGCCUGACGUAGAGCUGUCAAAGCUUCAAACCGAAGUCAAUGCUUUGCGAGCUGUGAAUGCAAGCCUGAAUGAAAUUAUACUUCGGAAAGAGGAGGCUAUGCAGAGUUGCAGUGAAGAAAUAAAUCGAUUGAAAAAAUCGCUCUCCACUUGCGAGGACACGAUAAGCAAAUAUGUCGGUGCUGUGCCCAUUGCUCACUACACGCAGAAUGAGACGGCAUUUUUUGAGAGAAAACAUAAAGCUGGAGAAGCUUUGUCAUUUGAUAGGAACCAAGACGAAUUCAAACCACCAGUUUUACUACCCCCAAAAGAUUUGGUAGCAAAAUUAGCCGAGAAAGCGCGGCACAUACGGAAAGGUGAAGAAGCUGACAAACAUCCAGACGAUCGAGAAAAAACUGAUGAAUACGUGAAUGAGUUACCUGAUCCAAACGAGAAAGACUAUAAGGAGAUACGAUGAGAUCUCAACGAGAUUAUUCCUACAAGCAAGCCAUGUGGACAUCUUGAUGACGUCUUGCUACAAAUUCAUUAUAAUAAUCUAAUUUCGGGUGUCAUAAGCAGCUAUAAUCAGAGGGCCGUAUAGUGUUUUAUCUCUUGCUUGAGAUUUGGUUCUAAGGUUUUUUAUUGUUAGAGCAAAUUCAGCUAGGUAUUAGUGCUUUCUAUAGUGCUACGAUGUGAAAAUUGCCGACAUUGUUCUCUUAGCCUCAUUACCUUACGCGUGU